CGGUGAACUUGGUGCUCGUGAGCACUGAGCAGAAUUCCGCAGUGUUGAUUCGAACUUCGAACGAAUCUGUAGCAUGUCGUAAGUUAACCAUAGGUCGUAACACACACGGAAGCGCUUAGCAUGCGCAAGAUUCACCAGUGCUUUCAGUCAGACACACACUACUCUGUGAAAUAGCUGGAUUUUGUCAAGUUUCUCGGUUCUUGUGCAGAAAUUAUGGAUAUAUGCUGGCUUUGUGUGAUUCUCGCCGGGAUCGCAGUUUAUUUACUAACGCAGUUUAUACGCUUUAUCUUCGCCGACGCUGAUCUGACUUUAUUAUGGGCGGAUAGAUUCGGCAGCACGCCAGAGUCAAAGUUGCGAGGCAAAGUGGUGUGGAUUACCGGAGCCUCCAGUGGCAUCGGGGAGGAGUUGUCCCUUCAGCUCGCUGCGCUCGGUGCUCGGCUGGUGCUGUCUGCCCGCAGGGAGAAUGAGCUGGAGAGGGUGAAGCGCAUUUGCUUAGAGCGCUCCUCUCUAAAGGAUGGCGAUAUUCUUGUUCUUCCACUCGAUUUGUUGGACCGUGCAUCACAUCAAGAAAAAACUGCUGCAGUUCGGAAGCACUUUGGUGAUAUAGACGUGUUGAUAAAUAACGGAGGCCGGACCCAGCGUUCGCUGUGCAUAGAGGCUGAUGUGGAUGUGUACCAGGCACUUAUGGAGCUCAACUACCUUGGCACUGUAUCUAUCACUAAGCAGGUGCUGCCCCACAUGAUCCACCGUGGUAGUGGUAUCAUAGCAACCGUCAGCAGCGUUGCAGGCUUUGUCGGGGUGCCCCUGGCAACGGGGUAUGCUGCCAGCAAGCAUGCGGUGCAGGGUUUCUUUAACUCUCUGAGAACAGAACUCGCUGAUUCUCCAAACAUCACGAUCAGUACCAUCUGCCCCGGACCUGUAGUAUCAAGCAUCGUUCAGAACGCAAUCACAGAGGAGCUGGGCAAGCCUGUGGCCACAGCUGGUGAUCAAACACAUAAGAUGUCUACAGAGCGCUGUGUUCACCUCACUCUGGUAGGUCUGGCCAACCAUGUGAAAGAGAUGUGGAUUGCUGAGCAGCCCUUUCUACUCUUCUGCUAUUUGUGGCAGUACACUCCCACUCUGGCCUGGUACACAACUAAACUUCUAGGCAGAAAACGUGUGCAGAACUUCAAAGCCGGGCUGGAUGCAGAUGCCGCAUACUUCAGCGAGCCAAAGGUCAAGACAACUUGAAAAUCUAAUUUCAAGAAUCGGUGAUUUGUGCAUUCCUUUGCAGAAAGACCCAGGAAGUUUUAAAGUCCAUAACUUUCUGAAGAGUGUCACACUAUUUCAAUAUGUCAUUAAAUAUGAAAACACCUUACAUUUUGCUUGCUGUAUAAAUAAAGACUAAUGGCACUUUAUUGAAAUAAAAAGCUGAUUUAUGUA